AUGAGGAAGGAAACCAAACCACAGGAGUACUUGGUGGAGAAACGUAACCUGCAAGAUUUGUGGAAGGCUGCAUAUCCCGUGGGAACAGAGUGGAAACUGUUGGAUGGUGUCUAUGAACACAGUUGGGAUUUCAAACAUGUUGAAGAAGCAUUGGAGGAAGGGGGAAUGCUGUAUGGAAAGAGAGUGUAUGUUUUUGUCAUUACAGAACCUCAGUUUCUCGUCUGCAGAGAUGUCAGCAAGGUUGUCCUUGUUCCCGUAGUGAUUGCUGUUGAUUCACCCUUUCCGCCUUCUGACAAGAUAGGAAUCACAUCGGUUCAGAAAGCAGCUCAGGAAAUCGUUUCGAUGAAGCAGAUGAAGAUGGACUGGGUUCCUUACAUUCCGUUCGAAGAAAGAGAGAGACAAGUCGAGAGGGUAAAUUCUCAGAUCUUUAUCUUGGCCUGCACGCAGAGGAGAGCUGCUCUCAGACAUCUGGAGGAAGCGCGUGUUAGGAUGUUCGACUAUUGUCUUGCUUAUUUCUAUGACCCAUUCAGGGAAGAUGAAUUCGAACAGAGCACCGAAGUCGACAUAGUUUUCCCCUCUGAACCGCCGGUUUUAUGCGGGUUUGACUGGAAGUUCGACAGUCUCGGGACACUUGUUCGGGAUCAAUUAGGGUUAUCUGCGGAACGAAAAGAUAAAUUCAAAGAAUUUGUCAAAGAGCAGGUUCGAGCAGCAAAGACAGCCCAGAGCCAGGCAAGAGCUCGUCGAAUGGAAGCAAUACAAGAAAUGAGCCAAGAAUACAGGCAAGCCUUUCAACGCAUCCGGUUUUACAAAUUCUACCCUCAGCCUCCACCAGACGUCUCAGGACUCUUCAAGUCGCCCCUCAUUAACCGAUACUACGGGAAUGCUCAUCAUGUCUUUUGA